GUUUAAGAAUACGGAGGUGUGUAUUUGAGUGAAGGUGCGUGUAUUUGUUCAGGUUGGAUGACAACUGAUGCGCUGGUUAGCCUCGGGCUAGCUGACACGGGAUCUGGUGGAAAUAUUUUACAUAUGCAAUUUACUUGUCAACUCGUUUGCUUGUCUUUACAAGUCAAAAAUGCAAAAAUGAAGCAAACAAGUUUAAAGUAUUUUACGAAAAAUGCUUUGACUUCCUUUCAACACUUCUAAGUGCAAUUGGCUAGUUAUCCACAACGCCCCAAUGAGGCAUUAGAUUGCGUUUUUUGUGAUUUUCUAUUAUUUAGCAGUUUAUUUUUUGGUAUAUUAUUUUCACAGCAAAUGACUGUCCGCAAUAUGAUAUGGUACAUGAAAGAAUCACUACCCUGCCAGCUACUACUUCUACUCGAUACUAAGGACAUAUAUGUAAACUUUUGACCUCAAAGAAAAUAACAUAAAACACUUAAAAAUUCUCUCUGUCAUUAUUGUGGCAUUUCCCAAAAUUCAUUAAUUUUGGUGAUCCUGACUGACCUGAUUUGACUUCAGGCAGUGAGACAGAAAAAAUUAAAUGUGAUUUAGUUUAUGUAAACUUCUGUCUUCAACUGUAACUUUUGAAAAUAAUGUAAUUAAUAAUAAUAAUUUAAAAUUUGAAAAUGAACUUUUUUUUUUUUAAUUCAUCCGUUCAAUGUUUUGGGGAAUUUUUAAACAACAAUCUAUUUAGAAUCACAGUUUUACCGUUCAAACAGACCAUAGAGUUCCAAUGGUUUACAAUAAUUGAGUAUGCCUAUACUUUGGAAAUCCAUAUUUAAUGAAAAUGUACGCCUAGUGCACUGUAUUUUGAUGGUGGGACUUGUAGUGUACUAUUAAGAACGAUAUGCAUAUGCUCUUUUUAUUUCUGUACUUAAAUAAAAGGGCACAAAGUCGCUCGAAUAGGAAAGUAGUAAUUGAGGUCGCUGUCUGGCUUUUAUUUUGAAAGUCUGGUCGUCCUACUUUCACUCACGUCCGCACGAACUUUAUUCGCGCUGAAGUUUGUCACUGAGGAGGAGACGAGCUCGUCGGUGGGCGACUUGACUCGGCAGGGAUGGACGACGCGUGGGUCUCGGUGGCGGCGCUGGCGGCCGCCGUGCUCCUCAGCGAGCUGGUCCGCCGCGCCGCCGCUCGCCUCCUCCGCGGAGCCGCCGGGGCCGCGGCCGCGGCGAUGGAGGCGGCGUCCACCUUCCAGCUCUGCUGCUGCACGCACGAGCUGAAGCUGCUCGCGGACGCCGGGCUGCUGGAGCCGGCGUACGGACUGACGCUGGGCUACUUCGUCACGGUCGUCCACUUGCUCUCCUUCCGCGGAGCUUCGUGUAAUCCCUGCGGCGUCGCGGAGCGCGUUUGCCGGGGGAAGUGCCGGGCCGGCGCGGCCCUCGCCUCGGUCGCCGGCCAGUUCGUCGCCGGGUUGGGGGCGCGUUACGCCGCCGCGGCGACGUGGUCGCUGGGACUGGCCGGGCACCACGUUCGCCAGCGACGCUUCGGAUUCAGGUGCUUCGACCCGCUCGGCGGAACCGUGCUGGAGGCCGCAGCCGUGGAGCUUGGCUGCGCCUUCGUGGUGCAGGCGACGGCACUUCACAUCCACAAGGUGGACCACAAACUCCGCGUCCCCGUCUUCGCCGCGGUCAUUACGGCGCUCGUCUACGCAGGUGGGAGGAUCUCUGGAGCCGUGUUUAACCCCGUGCUGGCCUUCUCCGUCAUCUUCCCCUGCAGUGGCCACGCCUACCUGGAGUACUGCUUCAUUUAUUGGCUGGGACCCGCCUUGGGCGUCGCCAGCUGCGUCCUGCUCUUCGAGAAGGUCCUCCCGUUCCUCUCCGGGACAAACGCGGCAAGUCGAGACAGCAAGCGGAAAGCACACUAGUCAAAUGUUAGCACUUUUGUCGUACGUACGCUUCCAACAGCACAAUCAAAUACACAACCGCGUGUAAUGUAGCUACGUAGGAGUCGGAGGCACAAAAUGAAGGACGAACGUGCUGUAUUUUGGUAAAAAUAAGGUAGUCGCGCAAACCCUCCCGACCUUGUAAAUAGCGCUUUGUUUUGCCCCAAAACGUUAGCAAACCAAGUUAGCUGUGCUAAAACAUUACCGUAAUUUCCGGCCUAUAAGCCGCAACUAUUUUUCCACACGCUUACAAUCCUGAGGUUUAUGCGGUGAUGCGCCUAAUUUGUGCAUUUUUUUCUUCUAAUGACCGCAAAGGGGGCACUCGAGCAGAAAAGGUAAUGGUUAGACCGGUGGAAUAUAUGUGCCGAGGAAGUGACUUUUACCGGUCAGGGCCUGUUAAAGCUGCGCUACCGUAUUACUUCCGUGUCUAAGUGAUUUUUACCACUGUUUUUUUUUUUUUUUUUUUUUUAAACUGGCCCUGUUAGCAUUAGCAUGGUGCCACCGUUAGAGUGGUGUUAGCGUUAGCUUUGGCGUGAUGCUACCAUUAGCAUUAGCGUGGCGCUAGUGUUAGCGUUAAACUCUCCGUGUACCGUGUUUCUUUGUAAACAUCUCAUGUUUCAGUGUGGGCACUUGCGGCUUUUACACAGCUGCGGCCUAUGUACGUACCAAAUGGUAUUUCCCUUACAAAUGUGUUGGAUGAGGCUUAUAACCGGGUGCGCGCUGUAGGUCGGGAAUUACGGUAAUUGUUGUUUGGGAUGCCGCAAACCCCAAAAGUCCUCUAGACAAAUUGAAAAUAAUGAAAUGUCAUUUUACGCCACACUGGCCUGCGGCUGACUGGCGACCAGUUAAGGCCAUGGUCUGCCUUUCCCCCGAAGUCGGCUGGGAUAGCCUCCAGCGCUCCCGUGACCCUCGUGAGGAUAAGCGGUUUGGAAAAUGGAUGGAUGAUUAUAAAAAGUAAUGUGGUUAGCAGAAAUGUUAAAUUGUAUUUAACCGCGAGUUCCAGAAUUUUAACUACAUUCAGUAUCAUUUGGUUGAAAAUCGGAUUUUUCUUGGAUUUCCGAAAAAUACUCGCUAGCCUUCCUCGCCUUCUCGUUCCGUUUCGCUAGCCGCCAGAGCGGAAAGGAACCUUAGCUUAUCUUUUUUCGGCCUAACUGCGUCAAGUGUUUUGCCAUUUUGAUGGUGCCCUUUGAAGUUU